AUGACAGUCGAUAUCGACAAUGUAUUUGCGUUAAAUAACCUCAAUUGUUUUUGUUUUAGUUCUCCGAGUUUAGUACGUCGUUUAUUUGCAACAGAAACGUCCACUGAUGAAAUCGGAGGUGGGACAGGCAUUGGAAAUAUAACCGGUGCCUUGCGUAAAAAUGCAGACGGUUUGUACACGGUUAACGAACCUUCGACAAAGGUGGUGACAAAACUGCCACCUUUGACGCAGGCAUUCAAUAAAGGAAAUAUUGAGUACGAAUAUGCCAAACCGCUGGAGGAGGGCUCCACAACCAAAGUAACGGUAUUAAAGAAUGGUUUGCGUGUGGCAUCCGAGCCUAGGUUUGGUCAAUUUUGCACUGUUGGUUUGGUGAUUGAUUCCGGUCCACGUUAUGAGGUGACGUAUCCUAGUGGCGUAUCACAUUUUCUUGAAAAGUUGGCGUUCAAUUCUACAAUAAACUUCCCUAACAAAGAUGCCAUCUUAAAGGAACUGGAAAAAAAUGGUGGCAUUUGUGACUGUCAGAGUUCUCGUGACACAUUAAUAUAUGCUGCAAGUAUAGAUAGCCGGGCUAUCGAGUCAGUAACUAGACUUUUGGCAGACGUUACACUGAGACCAACACUGCAUGACGAUGAAGUACUAUUAGCUCGACGAGCAAUUCAAUUUGAAUUAGAGACAUUGGGAAUGCGUCCCGAGCAAGAACCCAUAUUGAUGGACAUGAUACACGCUGCCGCUUAUCGGGAAAAUACUUUAGGUCUUCCCAAAUUGUGUCCACCACAAAAUUUGGACUCGAUUAAUCGUGAUGUUUUAAUGAAUUAUUUAAAAUACCAUCAUACACCUGAACGUAUGGUAAUAGCAGGUGUUGGGGUCAAUCAUGAACAAUUAGUAUACAACGUAGAACAAUAUUUUGUACAGGAUUCAGCAAUCUGGAAUAGUGAGGAAAUCAAAGCGACAGGCGCUCAAGCAGUGGAUAAAUCUGUGGCACAAUACACGGGUGGCUUACGAAAAGAAGAAUGUGAAAUACCAAUAUAUGCUGCUGCCGGAUUGCCCGAACUUGCCCACGUAGUGAUUGGACUUGAAGGUUGUUCUCACCAAGAUCCAGAUUUUGUUGCACUUUGUGUACUUAAUAUUAUGAUGGGCGGCGGUGGCUCAUUUUCGGCUGGUGGACCGGGCAAGGGAAUGUAUUCACGUCUAUACACCAAUGUAUUAAAUAGGUAUCAUUGGAUGUACAGCGCCACGGCCUACAACCAUGCGUACUCCGAUACUGGGCUGUUUUGCAUACAUGCAAGUGCACCGCCUAGCAAUGUGAGAGACAUGACCGAAGUUAUAACACGUGAAUUGGUAAACAUGACAACCACCCCUGGUAGAGAGGAGCUGAGCCGCUCAAAGAUACAACUCCAGUCCAUGUUGUUAAUGAACCUCGAAUCGAGGCCAGUAGUAUUUGAAGAUGUGGGUCGGCAAGUGCUGGCAACUGGCCAUAGAAAACGUCCAGAGCAUUUCAUCAACGAGAUCGAUCGAAUAACCGCUGCAGACAUUCAGAGAGUCGCCAAGAGACUCUUGUGUUCACCCGUAUCGAUGGCCGCUCGUGGUGAUAUCGGUGAUUUACCCGAUAUUAAAGAUGUUCAAAAUGCUUUACACCGAGAUGGACGUUUAUCAAGUCGUAGACUUUCGCUAUUCAAAUAA